AUGUUUCCGUUGGUAUGUGCCACUUCCUGUUGCUAUUUUUCUCUGCGGCCCAUAAUCAAAAGAACUUGUCCAGUAGAGAGUAGAAAAUAAUACAAACCAUGUCUGACCCUGCAUGUUGAUUUGUAUAAAACGCUGCAGGAAACAGUGGUAGUAUUUUAGUGCACCAAGGUGCUUUUUUACACAUAAAUGGACGAAUUUUUUUAGAUUUGUUAGUAUCGGGAUUAAUAUGUCAUAUAACUGACGUUUUUCUUCAAAAUACUUAAGUUUAUUGGUUUAAGAAAAAACAUCAUGCAGUCAUUUUCGUCAUUGUUUUCCCCAUAAUCCAUCUCUCUCCAAUCUGAGACGUCUAGGUUCCACUGAUGACUUCAAGACUAGGCCACACUUUUCCAUGAGCUGUGUUGCUUCUUUUUUCUCCCUUUAUGGUAGUGCCAACUACCUAAUGGGUUAAUAGAUCAUGUGAUUCAUCAUUUAGAGAAAAAUAAGUCACUUCUGCCUAAUGGGUUUUUUAUUUUUACACCUAUCUCAAUUACUUCAGUCGGUUGAUUUUGCGUUUCCUUUUGUUUUCACGGUCAUCUACUCACUGGAUUGAGUUUUAUGUUUAUCAUAGCUUGUGCUGGAAGUCAAAGAAAAGCUUGAGAAAGAGCAUUCUGAUCUCCCAGAAGGAAAAAACGGAAGAGAUGAUGAAGAUUUGAUACUUUGGUUUCUGAGGGACAGAAAGUUUUCAGUUGAUGAUGCCAUCUUCAAAUUAACAAAAGCCAUUGUAUCCAAGCCAAUUCAUUUAUGUCAUCUAGAUAUAUUGACAUGUUCUGAAGUACAGUUGAUCAUUAUACUUGAGAGCUCGGAGGUAUCAACAAUAGAAAAUGCAUAGCUCAAAAUAAUCAAAGAUUACUUAUUGUUAGACUAUGUAAUCAUUUUAUUUUCUUGUUGGGGUAUUCUGGUUUGUUUUUAUUUCUCUCUCUCGUGUAAACCCGACAUUCUCCCCUUCUUUGUAACAGAUAGUGUCCGCAUGUUUUGGGGGUGUCAUUGUUCUUGCUUUCCUCCCUCUGUCCCUCUACUUUGGUUUACGGGUUUUGAUUGAAUCCGUCACUUAUGAACCUCCUUCGUAGGUCUGAAUAUUUUUUGAAGUACGUCUUAUUCGUUUCUUGAAGGGGUGAAAAAAUCCUCGCUGAGAUUACAAGGUUGAAGUAUGCGCAUCUAUCAUUAUCUGAGACUUCAACUUUUCUCAUGUCCCAAACUUGUUUCAUCAUUUAAGGGAUUUUUCUAAAUUCUAGUUUAUUUUUCAAACUGCAAAUCUGAUCUUACGAGGAACUGGGUUUUGUUUUUGUUUCCACGUUUUGUUUGUUUAAACAGGGUUUUUACUCCUUUCUUCAACUGAUUUUGCUUGAGUGAAAGGCAUGAACAUUGAGAUGUAGGAAAAAACUUAUCUGCGUAACAGAAGAAAAGACGUGCACAGAAAUCAUUUUAUUUCUUAAAUUCAUUUACAAAUAUCAUUGUUUUUCCAUGAUGUCACUGUUAGAUAUGGCGUCAGGAGUUCGGUGUGUCAGAAUUGACGGAGGAAUCUAUCAGGAAAUUGUACGAAACUGGAAAAGCUUAUGUCCAUGACUUUCUAGAUGUGCAGGGCAGAGCAGUGCUUGUGGUGGUUGCAUCAAAGCAUUUCCCUGGGGUAGGCCUUAACCUAAUAAAGCAUUGAUUUGACUUUUUUAGUUAACUAUAAUUGAAAGCUCUCUUUCAUCCAGUUAACGAAUAAUCUUGCGCCUGUCUGAUGGUCCUCAAAUUGGUAGUUUCAUUUCCUUGUCAAGCCCUGGAGUGGGCAUCUACGUUACAAUAGAAAGGUAUGCGGUAGCCUGGUGCUGCGACGCUGUGGCUCAUUUGGGUUUACACACGGCUCUCUUCUGAACAACUAGUAGAUGAGGUCAAUCCUGAUUCUGCUACGACAUGGAUAAACGACUUCUUUUUCUAUUCUAAAAUAAAAUUAGCUGUAUUGGUAGUUAUAUAUUAUAAUUUUUUUUAAAAACAAACUGAGAACUUCCUGGUUAAACUAGGAGUUUAGGAUGGUCUGCUGGUGCAGGAAUCAAUCUCUAGCCUUGAAGCAUGGUGACCUUUUACUCUUCGGCUGCUAAGUUUGCCUCUGCUUUCUUCUCUGGCAUUCCCAGUGACAAAUAGAUUUACGCAUAGCUUUGGGGAAGGAGGGCACAUUUGACACAUGACAUAUGGUUUACUCGGUUUGGAACACGAGGUAGGGUUCAACCUAGAUUGUGGUGUUGACUUUACCAGUUGAUACUGCCAUAUUUUGACUUGGGCCUACUUGUCCUGAAAGGGUAGCUAAUCGCCUGGGCUACCACUUAACUUGUUCUCAGCAGUCAGCUGAUUUGAUAUCGACCUGCCUCAGGGAAUAUGCCACAAGCUUGAAGGAUGAUCCGAUUGCUAGAUAACUCUAUUCAAUGAAUGUAGGCUUUGUGGUGUUUCACAUGCCAAACUGGGCAUGCUUCCCCAAAUAUUUUAUAAAACUUCAAGCGGAGAAAAAUGCUCCAACCUUUUUCUAUCAUCACAUUCAUCCCUAAUAGUGGAGCAUGAACUUUCCUGCCUAACUGCUAGUAGGUGCAAUCUAAAUUCAACAAAUCGUAUAGCUACAUAGUCUGUGGGUACCUAAGGUCAAAAGUCGCAUCGGCAAAGGACUCGGUGACUUGCCAUCUUCAAUGAAAAGGUAAUCUGGGCUUAGCAUGAGUUGCGAAAUAUGAAUUAUUCUCCUUUGAAUCUCUGGAUUCUGUAUUAACUUAAUGAUUCAUCAGCAUGUCUGCAUUUGUGUCGCAUCUAUGACCAACAUAUCUAUCUAUUACAGGAACCACCUUUUUAUCUUUUCUCUCAACUUCCAGAAGAACGGAUAGAGAAAUGAACUUCUUAUACUUCAGUAAAUUAUGGAACUAAUCGAUUGACUUUGGGUGAUAUAUGCAUAUGAUUUUCUUGUAUGAUUUUGCAUACUGUUCUAGUCAGAAUUUAACAUGGGUUUUCAUUCGAAUUUCCUCUGGUUUUUAGUAUGCAUCUCACGAGAAACUAACUUUAUGUGUUUGGUGAAAUAUUUUUUCUUCUCAUGAUAUUUGUAAGUUCUCCGAUGUAUGUGGCACACCUUCUUGUGCAUCCUUGUGACAUAUCACUACCCACUAUCAGAGGCAGGAUUCCAGAGAGAAUGAAAAGCUAUGUGUAUUUCUCAUCGAGAAGGCACUAUCCAGACUUCCCAAAGGGGAGGAACAGAUACUUGCAAUAAUUGAUCUACGAGGGUUCCGCACAGAAAAUGGGGACAUCUCGUUCCUACGCUUCUUGGUAACCUAUACUAUCAGCUAUUUCUAUUAUUAGUAUUGAUAACUGUGCUGAUUUAUAUGCCACUGUGAUUUGGCUGGUUUUUUUUCGCUUGAAUGGAGAUUUAAAUAUCAUGUCAGCUGAUAUAAAUGUCCAAUGUUUAUGGGUCUAAUGAUUAUGAUGAUCUCUUCUUCUUUCUUUUCUUGCUUCAGAUGGGGAUUGGCGUUUUUUGUGCAAUGUCAUAUGAUCUAUCGACCAUCAUUAUUUAAUAUUUGAUUCUGGUAAAAAUAAAUAAAAUCAUUCGUCCCUUUUGCUUCAGAUGGGGAUUUGCGCUUCUAAUGAUUAUAAUGAUCAUUAUUCAAUAUGUUCAGGGUAGCAUGUAAAACUAUUACUGAAAUAAAUUAUUCCAAAAUAAUACUUGGAGUAGAUUCUGAUACAUGUUAGAAUCUAUUAAAGGGUGCGCACACAUCAUGAAACAUAUUCACACCUUUUCCAAUGAACAGUGGAUUCCUGAAUGGUUGUAACCCUUUCCAAAGAUUUUCUAUAUUUUUUUCCGGCAAGUUCAAUCCACCCCAGUUGUAGUUCAGUGAACAACUGACAGAAGAUUCGUAAACAAUUUUUAUUUUUUUUUCCCCGACAAAAGAAUAUUCAUUUACGUAUUUGGAUCUUAAAUGUUGCCCAUUUCGGGCAAGUCUUAUUAUGUUCACGAACCUCCCAGGUUCUACUCUUUCACUUGAGCCAGAAAAAGAUCCCAAAGUAACUGGGCUCAAGCUUUUUUGCCCCAACGUUUCACAGCAUGCCUGUGAUGUACAGAUCUUCUUCCGAGCUCUCUCUCUCUCUCUCUCUCUCUCUCUCUCUCUCUAACGUGCUUCCUUCUUCUAUCUGGCAGAUCGAUGUCUUCUACUACUAUUACCCAAAGAGACUCAGCCAGGUCCUCUUCGUCGAUGCUCCCUUUGUGUUUCAACCAGUCUGGCAGCUCGUCAGACCAUGGCUCAAGUCAUACGCCUCUCUGGUGAGCGAGUCAACAAAUUAUUUCCAUUUUUAGCAAUAAACCGACAGUGGGUCUGGAAGAAACUCAAUUUUAGAAAACUCGCGGAUGAAACCAUGAUAAUGGCAGCGUUUAUUUAUUUAGAUUUGAUUAGGCUUGACUCUGCAAGAAGAAAUUGCCAUAGCCAGGGAACUUGCCCCUUUAUGUGCACCAGGUGAGAUUUUGUGUUUUGGAGACUGCGGCAGGGAGUAUUUCAGAGGUUGACUUCUUGGUUGCCAUUUAUGGAUCGAUACCCCCAAGUUGUUUGUUGACUUCCAGUUUUUACUUCAAAUUAAUGUGGUUGCCAUUUUGUAAGGACUUGCCAUAGGCAGGGAUGAUUGGGUGGCACCUUCUCAUCUCCCCUUUUAUGUGCACCAGGUGAGAUUCUGUGAUGCUGAGACUGUGCGGAGGGAGUACUUCACAGAGGCGACGACACCCGCGAGCUUCAGAGGUUGA